AUUGUAAUUUUUAUUAGUGCAUCUGUGUUAUAGACUUUCUGGAUCAGCCACUGCAGUAAUUCAGACAGGAACCCAACAAGAACAUGCAUUUUGAUCCAGCUUCCAAAUGAAAUAUGUUCAUACUGUCUCUCUUCUGGGUCAUUCCUGGGUUUGCCAUGUGGGUCAAAAUUUGUAAUGAUCACUGGCUGUGGUUUCUAUACACGUUACGAGCUUCCAAGAGUCAGCUAGAUCCAAAUCGGCACUGCAAAGCAAAGGGGCUUUACUAAACCAAUUCUGAAAGAAACCUCCUGCUUCUGCAAUUUUUUUCACACCAUCUGCCUAUGAAAUAUUUCAGAUGUCUGGAAGCAUAGCUUUAUAACUGGCACAAACUGAAUAAUUUAGGCUAGUACUGUGUAACAUAUGAAGAAAGCUGACAAAAAUGAACACAGAGGUUAAUAUUGAAAUAUUUAUUCAUGAUGCUUCUGUUCAGCCGGUUCACGCUGUGAUUAAAUUUUCAAAUUCAGUUCACUCCUGCUAAGUUUGAGAACGACUCCUUCAUCAUGUAGUGGAUUCCUAUCUGGGAUAUGAUUUAUUGCAUUUUCAUAGAUGAAAUGUGAAUCUGUUUUAGGCUGUUAGAUCUCAAGCUGACUUCCUGUGUGCACAGCGCAAUCUGGCGCCUUACAUUUGUUUGCACUGCAGAUGCCUCAGUGAUUUUAGAUGUGAUGUGGUCUGACAAGGGUGUGCAUCUCUCUCUCUCUCUCUGUAUUUGCUUUUGUCGUUGUGUAGACGAAGACCCAAGAUAUUCUGAGGACACAAGGCCAUAACCAGAGUGAGAAGCUUGAUCCAUCUCAAAAAAACCAUGAGGUGCAUCAUGAGGAGGAACUGAUUGCAUUAUAUGGUUAGAAAACACAGUACAAAGCCAGGAUGAAUGUGAAAAGGAAAGAGAUGGAUUUCUUGAGCAACACUAUUGCUGCUUAUGCUCACAUUAAAGCCAAUCCAGAGAGUUUUGGCCUUUACUUUGUCAUCGGUGUCUGUUUUGGCCUGGUGCUCACUCUCUGCCUCCUGGUCAUCCGCAUUUCCUGCAAGCCUCGGACCACUACGGCGCCCCCCACGCCGGAGAAAAAACAGCUGAAAGACUAUAGUGAGGAGGAGGAGGAAGACGAGGAGAGCGAUGAUGAGGAGGAGGAAGAUGCAGGAGGCCUGGACUCCUCCAUCCGGCACAGCACCACAGAGAUCCCCAUGAGCAACCAUCUCAUCACGCCGGACGGGACACUGAGCAGGAACGUGUUCACCUCAGCCGAGGAGCUGGAGCGGGCACAGCGAUUGGAGGAAAGGGAGAGGAUCAUCAGGGAAAUCUGGAGAAACGGACAGCCGGACAUCCUGGGAACAGGGACGGGCACUAUUGGAAGAGUGCACUACUACUAACACUCCUGGACAUUUCGCUGGCUGAGUGCAGUACUUUGAAAGACUGUUAAUGGACAGCGUUUGCAAUUUUUUACAUAUGUUAUUGUAAUCCUACAGACCACGGGUACAGCUGUUCUGUAUGCAACAUUUGGACCGGGCAAGUUGCUAUCAGUCCCUAAAUCAUGGUGCUUAUUAAAAAAAUCAUCUUA